CUCCCUUUCUUCUUCCUGUUGAAAACUUGCAGUAGAAAUGAGUGAAAGAGCGAGAGGAGAUCUGAAGAAAUCUGAUCGAUCGUGCAUUAUUGAGAAGCGAGACGCUCAAAGAUCAAAAGUAAAAGGGAAAAUCUGUGGGUGUCCGUCCAAUUCCACAGAAGAAGCCUCCAACUUGAGGUACCUGACACCGCUUUCUCCUUUGCUUUACAGCCCACACAGCAGACAUCCUCUUUCUCUAUCUAUCUAUCUAUAUAUAUAUAUAUCUUACUUCUUCGAGUUCGUCCCCGCCGUCGAGCUUUUCCGACAUUUCGUUCGGAAAAUCUGCAAUCGGAUUUGCCUGGGGUUGUUCGGGAAGGGAGCGAAGAGUCGAGGAGCUAGAAACAGGAAAUCACAUGUCAGGGAGAAGAGGAGGCGGCCAUAUGAGGAAUGAUGAUUGCUUAAAAGGUGUUGAGUUAAAUUAUCGCUAGAUCGGGAAUGCCUGAGGCCACCGAUCUAGAGGCGAUCGGAGGACCUUGUUCAUCAAUAACGACUUUGGGGGCAGCUGGCAGCACCUUGUUGAAACCCCAUUAGAUGUGUUUCGUUGAGCGGGCAUGUACAUAGAUGAUGAGCGAAUGAAGCAGCAUCGUUGUGAGUUCAAAUCCUCGUUCUGGAAAAGAUUGCAGAUAGUCCAAUUACAAGCACUUUGGUCUUGGAUACAAUCUCAUGGGAAUCGUUUCAUGCUUGGAUUAUGAAUAAUUGUGUUAUUAAUCAUUGAGGUAUGUAGUUGAUUCUCAUUAUCCUGACAUUGAUGUGUGUUGGAUCAUUAUAGUGAGGGUGCACCCAGGGACGGAGCUAGAAUCUUGGUUGAGUAUAGGCAACACUAUAAUAUAUAAUUCAUAAAAAAUAUAUAUAAAAUCGAAUAAUCAGUUCAAGGAUAUAAUGAUUCAAAUUUUUUUUAGUUUAUUUUGAUGCUAAUUAACAAUAAACUUCAAUGUGCGCUAAUGAAAAGUAUGAACCAUUGAGCUGAGAUUUGAGAGUCAAUAUAACUCUAGAUGUUGGAGAGGCUUGGAGUAUCUUCGUUUUUUUAUAUAUAUAUAUAGUAAUCUCAUACCCUUACAACCUGACUAUUCUUAGAGGUGGGCGGCCUCCCCCCUUGUUUGCCCACCAUGUAAAUCUGGAAGUGCUCGUAAUAGUGCGCCUAGUAGUCGACCUCCACAACUCGCCUCCUACUGUUGAGCCGCAUAGGCUAGUUAAAUGGUUUUACAAAACAUUGUGCACCACUUUGCACAUCUGCUAUGCCAAUUUGGCUUGUCAAUUGGUUUUACAGGACACUGUGCGCCACUUUGCACAGUCGUUAUGUCAAUUUGGCUUGUCAAUUGGUUUUACAAGACAUUGUGCACUGUCUUGCUAAGUCGCUUUGCCAAUUAAUAGCCUUAUUGCAUGCUCCAAGCUCCGUGAAUCCACUAAUCGUCUUUCUGCUGCACCUUAUUGCAUGCUCCAAGCUUUGUGAUGCUCUUUGAAUCCACCAAUUAUCUUUCUGCGAUUCACUAAUCGUCUUUCUGCUGCACCUUAUUGCAUCCUCCAAGCUUUGUGAUGCUCUUUGAAUCCACCAAUUAUCUUUCCGCUACACCGUGUCUGGGACAGACUUGGAGUAUCUUCACAAUGGUAUAAGAUCAAACUAAUAAAAAUGGGAAAAUUCGAAUUGAAAUAUGGGAAAAUUAUUAUUUUUCCUUUUGCAUAUAAAUCUAAUAUUGUUUUGGGGCACGUAGGCUAUUCCACCUGUGGUGGAUCAUGAUAUCAAGUCUGCCAACAUAUUGUUGGGCCACUCUAUGGUGGCUAGGGUAUGAUUUUCUAUCAUUUUCAUGUAUUUGAUGCAAUAAUUAAAAGGCAAACAUAUUAUUUGGACAACUAUAUGAUUUUUUUGGGGCACUCGCCAGCUAUGUUAUUUUUUCUGGGCCUAGGCCAGUUGCCCGCACUGGGCCCAUGUAACCUCCGCUAUUGGGUGCACCCCGAGUAGAGGGGAAGGGUGAAUAGCCAUGACUUAAAAAUAAUUUUUUUUGCAAAGACCCCGGGUAGAGUCAAAUAAAGGUGUUACUUCAUGUGAGGUGCUUCUGUGUGGGGUGGUUUGGGUUGAAUAUUGUUUGCUAUGCAAAUAAUAAAAAUAAUAAAACAAUAUUAACAUUAUUAGUUUACAUGGUUCGUAUUCCACGAUUCAUAACUCAUUAGGUGAGUCACUCUUAAUCAAUCAACUACAGUUGGUCAUUUACAAGAGGCAAGCCUCCUUACAUUUCCAAUCCUUUUGGAUGAUUACAAAGAGUCUCUCAUCUUAAAUAGAAAUGAAAUUAUAAGCUUAUGGAGAAAAGAUUACUAAGGACUUGUUGAAAAAGCCUUCAACUUGAUUCCCAACCCAUUGGAGAGUAGUUUCACUCAAGCACUAGAUCACGAUAAAAUCUCAUAUAUUUUAAUGCACCCUUAACCACUCAAGAAACCUCUAAGGCUUAAAUAAAAGUUGUUCUAGUGGUUCUAAGGCUUAUAAAAAGUUGAUCCAAAUGGCUUUAUUUUGCUUGCCUCCAAUUGAUUGGAAAUGACUCUAGAAUACUACUUGGGCAGAUGAAAUCUUUGAACAACCAAUGAUUAUCUAGGGAGCCAAUUGCUCAUCCUUUAAUUGACUAUAUUGAACUUCUAGUCAACUGGUUGGCUAAAUUCAACUUUAGUUGAUUGUUGCUUAGAUAGAAAUAUUUUGUUCACCUAACUCUUGUGUUCAGUCAAUUUCUCAGUUAAAUGAACUCUAUAGUUAGCUAAGAUCAAUCUCUAGUCAACUAAAUUUAUUUAGAGACUCCUUCUUUACUCGGCUUACACCCUCGUUAGCCUAUGGGAAGUCUCAUGAUCAAGUUUAGCUACAAACUUCAGCUCAAGGCUUAAUUUCCGUCGAUCAAGUGCUUCACAAAAGCCACUAGGCAGCGUAAACCCUACUUUUGCACAUCAUUUUUGGUAAUGUUACUCAAAAGCAAAAAUAUCAAAUGGCACACUCUCUUGUAAUCUCUCAUAGCUCUUCAUUGCCUGAAGCUCACCUCAUGUUAAACCCUCAGUCCCUUGGACGCUCUAAAUCAUCCUUCACCACUCACCUAUGAUCCAACUCGCUUCCUGCCACCUCAAAGUACACCUAGAGUCAGUCUCUUGGUUUCUUGAACACACCAAGCUCUCUAAACUCCCAUGUCAUUCUUCUCCCCUCACAUUCUGAGUUCAUCUCUUAUGAGGCGAUCAACCAUCAAACCAUCCACAAUCAAACAAGUUGACUGCGUUGAGUCACCAAACUUUCUGACCUUUUAUUUCAUUGUUUCAAGUCUCUGCACACUUGAUGCACAUGUCAGCAACACAACUCAAAGCUAACUUUAAUGGUUUUCCAAAUACAUCAAAAUAACUUGGUCGAACCCCACCGCUUGGGAGCAUCAUUGCACCAAUAAUUAGUUGUUGAUAAAAGAACUUUGAUUAUGGUGCACUUCUGAUAUCAUAUUAAUCAGUAAUAAGUUGAUUUUUUUAUAGUGUUCUGUUCUUGAAACGUUCUACAACGAUAAGUGUUUUGUUAACAUCAUCUACCAUAUUUGUAUCGAGAAGUCAUCAGUUCUAACUUUAUGCUCAACCAUGCAUGGAUUUGCUGCGUGAAAAUCUAUAGUUAAUAAAUAUAAGUUAGUAGAACUUCUACUUGCAUUCUUGUUUUUUUGUAUGAGCCAAGAGGUGUCUCCCAUUUGGGGCGAGAAUGAUAAGUUAAACCCCUCCUAGUAAUGCUAUUAUACAACUUCUAAUGAGAGCAACACGGUUACUUGCAGUCUUGUUUUACAUUAUCAAAUACUCAUCUUUGGUUUACUCUUACCCGUCUUGUUUAUUGUUUCAGCACUUCAUGCCAUGAUCAUUUUCUUUUGAUUUAAUUAUUUGGACAAUUAUAUUUGGUAGAUAGUUGUUUCAAAAUUAUUGCCCUUUGAGAUUUGAUUGACCUUUCAGGCAUGCGAAUGGACUGCAGAAAAGGUUCUAUAUGGUUUUAGAAUUUUUUUUUUUUGCCCUUGAACAAUCCUUUUGGUGUCGAUAACUAACAGAUGCUCAUUACAUGCUCGGCUAAAUGUCAAGAGAGGCUAAUUUUCAAAAAUUCGUUCCUCUGCACUGAAGUGGAUUCCUAUACCAGAUGUCAAGGACUCUUGCAGCAGCUCUAGGAGGUGCUGCAGGAGCCAUGACUGUUUUGGGGUUAACAGUUAUGUUUGUAUACUAUUGUUUCCUGCGUAAUAGGAGCAUCUCAAAAACAUCAGAGACAAAUUCUUCUGAUUCUUCUAUACAAGGACAGAAUAUUGAGACAGCAGAAUUGCAUGGAACUCAAUGCUUUACACUUGAGGAGUUAAAUUUGGCUACAAAGAAUUUUGAUGAUAUCAAUCUGAUUGGCUAUGGCUUGUUUGGACAAGUGCACAAGGGUUUGCUUCAAAAUGGCAUUCUUGUAGCUAUAGAACGAAGGUCAUCUUCCCCAAGUCCACAAUUUAUUGAAGAGGUUCACUAUCGUUCUUCUAUUUGCCACAGAAAUCUUGUGAGCCUUUUAGGUUACUGCCAGGAGAAUGAUAUGCAGAUGCUUAUCUAUGAGUAUAUACCAAAUGGCAGUGUUUCAACUCGCUUAUAUGGUUCAAUUCAAUCUUCAAGUGGAAAAUUGGAAUUCAAGCACAGGCUUUCCAUUGCCCUUGGGGCAGCUAAAGGCAUGGUUCAUCUGCAUUCCCUGAAUCCACCUCUGAUUCACAUGAAUUUUAGUACAGUGAAGGUUCUUGUAGGUGAGGACUUGACACCCAAAGUUGCAGAUGCUGGUGUCCGUAGUUUACUUAAUCGUGUUGAUGGUGCUGCUUCGUGUUCAAGGAUGUCUGAAGAUGAUCCUUUCCUUGAUCCCGAAGUAUAUGAGUCUGGAAGAUUCUCUGUAAAGAGCGAUGUAUAUAGCUUUGGUGUGUUCCUUCUUGAGUUAGUAACCGGAAGAGAUGCUGCAUCUGAUAAAAGCAUCAUUCAUCAGGCGCAAAACUAUCAGGAUGGCAGUGAUAUCUCAAUCCCCAUCGAUAGCAGGAUGGGCAGCAACUUCUCCCCUGAAGGAAUGAGUUCAUUUGUGCGGCUAAUCGCAUGGUGUCUGAACUCACAAAGCGAGGAACGCCCAUCCAUGAGGUUCAUAGAACUGGAACUUUGCCGAAUUCACGAGAAAGAGCUGAGCUUGACUACCAUCAUGGGCGAAGGGACUACUACUGUGACCCUUGGAAGCCAGUUAUUCACUAGCUAAUGGAAACAAAUGGCUUUCUUUCAACUGUAUAUCACCUCAUUUACCAUUGUUGUGGAACUCCAUAUCUGUGAUCAGCUGCAAGAUGUGAAUAAGCCAUCAGCUGCAUAUUCAUUGAUUUCUUUUCUUUUGUUCUUUUUUUUCAUAUAUAAUUGUAUAUCAUUGUUGUGGAUAGAGAUGUGCGUUUAUUAUGUGAUCAUUAAUGUGGUGGAACUUGGAGAA